UCCCCAAGACGUCGAACAUCGGGUUUGGGAUUCUUUAAAUAUUUUUUGUAAGUUUUGUAAGCAGUCCGAGAUGUUUUCGUCUGCGAAAAAGAUUAAUUUUCUCCGUCAAACCCUUACUACACUAUGUAGAAAUAACAGUACCCUUGUGAUAGCUGAGCAUAAUAACCAGAAGUUGAUUCCCUCCACUCUGAAUACAAUCACAGCAGCCAGCAGUCUUGGGGAAGUCACCUGUCUCGUAGCAGGAACACAAUGUGCACAGGUUGCUGCUGAAGUGGCAAAAGUGAAAGGAGUUAAGAAAGUGAUAUUAGCUGACAAUGAAGCAUACAAAGGCUUUCUUCCAGAGGCUUUGACUCCAUUGCUGUUGGCAGCCCAGAAGCAGUUUAAAUUUUCUCACAUUGUGGCACCUGCAACAGCUUUUGGAAAGAAUGUAGCUCCUAGGUUGGCUGCAAAAUUGGAUGUGUCUCCCAUAUCAGACAUUAUUGGAAUCAAGGAUAAAGAAACCUUUGUCAGAACAAUUUAUGCAGGUAAUGCUAUCCAGACCCUGAAAUCUAAGGAUGAUGUCAAGGUGAUUACAGUACGAGGGACUGCUUUUGAGGCAGCAGAAGUUGAAGGGGGAGCGGGAGCAGUAGAAGAUGCCCCAGCCUGUGAUGCCAAGAAUGACCUGAGUCAGUUUGUGGGCCAAGAGUUAAGUAAGAGUGACCGACCAGAACUAACCAGUGCCGGCACGGUCAUCUCUGGAGGUCGUGGAAUGAAGAAUGGAGAAAAUUUCAAGCUUUUAUAUGACCUUGCUGAUAAAAUGGGGGCAGCGGUUGGAGCAUCACGAGCUGCAGUUGAUGCAGGCUUUGUUCCUAAUGAUAUGCAGGUUGGCCAGACUGGCAAAAUUGUAGCCCCGGACCUGUAUGUGGCGGUUGGAAUCUCCGGAGCCAUCCAACAUCUAGCAGGCAUGAAGGACAGUAAAGUGAUUGUGGCCAUUAACAAGGACCCCGAGGCCCCCAUCUUCCAGGUGGCCGAUUACGGAAUCGUGCAGGAUUUAUUCAAGGCUGUUCCGGAAAUGACUGACCUCGUGAGCAAGAAGUGAAAGAAGUCCUGAUGAUUGAAGAAUUCUAGAAAUAUGAAUGUGAUAUAAACAGAAAAAGCAAGGGAACAUAUCCAUAUAUAAUUCUCUUACUUUUUGUCGUUUUAGAACUAUUUUGUAAGUUGUAAAAUGAAAGAAAGUUAAAUUUAAAAAAUAAAAAUGAAUUUUU